UAGUUCCUUCGAACUAUUAGCCUAGUCCAGGAUCUCGUAAACCCAAGGGAGCGACGCUUGGCCUGAAGGAUCUAAACUUGCUUAAUUACCCUCAAUCAUCGUUCGGCAUUUCGCGAUGUGGAUCCCGCCAUGAGGAAGCAGGAGGCAUAAGACCCGUCUCCGUAAAUCCUCCUGCUCUUUGACUGACAUGGUCCCGCGGCUCCGGGUUGACUUCUCCCGUGGGUGAACCCUGAUAGACUUAAUAAGUCCUUACCCACUCGUUCGUCAGCGAACGGGGUGCUUUUAGUCCCCGACUUCUCUUACGAUCAUCCGAACAAGGCAUAGGGGCAAAAAGGAGACAAGUGUUGCCGAUUUAGGGUAUAAGUGGCGAGUAGUGUGACGGGACAAAGGCGAGGAAGUGAAGAGGGAUAGAUCGUGAUCCGACUCUUCUCUCCGGCAAAAAUAACGACCGACAGAAGCCAGCAAACCAAAAUUGAAGCGAUAGGGAAAAGAAAUAUCCUCGAAAACAAACUUUGUUCCGAUGUUCGACUCUCUGCUCUCAGGUGCCUCCUUUGGCGCUGCGCUGGCCGCGAGUGGCAUGUACGAACCGACCGUUAUCCUCUCCCAGAUGAAACUUGAGAACUGGCAUAUGGUGCAGACAUUCUUGACGGCGUCGGCGGCGAGCACAUUCGUGGUCACACUAUGCCAGAAACUGGGCUACAUCCACGUCAGUCCUCGUAGCUACUCGUCCUUGGGUCUCUUCGGCCCUCUCGACGGCAAUAUUAUAGGAGGGUACCUUCUCGGCGUCGGCAUGACUCUGACUGGCUCGUGUCCCGGGACCGUAUUUGCGCAGGUUGGCGCAGGCGUGCGCUCCGGUCUUUAUGUCCUAGGCGGCUCAGUGCUUGGUGGCAUCAUUUGGUCCGGAUUCCUUCGUUCCGCACUCAGACCCAAAGAUCGAGUUCCGCCCCCGAAACCUGAGAAUUUGACCAUCCAUGGAGCCCUUGGAGUAAGCCAGGCCGUGGCUUUCGUGGGUGUCGAGGCGAUUUUCGCAGGCGCUGUGACGGCGAUAUCGUCCCUAGGGCUGGUGAAAACACGAGGCCUGGUUAAUCCCAUACUUGGUGGCUUGGCGAUAGCUGGUGCGCAGCUCUUUUCUGCUCUGAUUAGGAGGACACUUCUGGGGACAUCCGCUUCGUUUGAAGAACUUGGGGAUUACGCAUCUUGGUUGAUUCGAGGACGUGGCGAUGGCAAGCCCAAGGCUUACAACUCUAUGGCUGUUGUUACUGGUAUGGUGAUAGGGGCUCUGGGAGUUUCUCUAACGAGCCGUAUCCCCCAAAUACCGUUCCCAGAGGCUCAUGUUGGAACCAUGAGGCUCAUUUUUGGAGGCAUCUUACUCACUAUAGGCUCGAGAAUGGGAGGAGGCUGUACGUCAGGUCACGGAAUCACGGGUAUUUCGCUGCUUUCCGUCUCAAGCUUCGUCUCUAUUGCUGCUAUGUUUGCUGGCGCAUUAAGUACCGCCGCACUGAUUUGAGAAGAUAAACGACUCUUGAAUAACGAAUAUUAAUUGAAUUUGCCUACUUCACCCAAUGAAAUCAUAGUCGCGCUAUCAAGAAGGUUGAAAUUGGGACUAGCUACCCAUUGCCUUAUGCUGCCUCUUGUUUCGAGUCAAGGAUCACACAAGUCAGCGA